UCCGGGUUCGCUUGCCUCGUCAGCGUCCGCGUUUUUCCUGGCCCCCCCCAACCCCCCCGGACAGGACCCCCUUGAGCUCGUCCCUCAGCUGCCACCAUGAGCGACCAAGAUCACUCCAUGGAUGAAAUGACAGCUGUGGUGAAGAUUGAAAAAGGAGUUGGUGGAAAUAACGGGGGCAAUGGUAAUGGUGGUGGUGCCUUUUCUCAGGCUCGAAGCAGCAGCACAGGCAGCAGCAGCAGUGGAGGAGGAGGAGGGCAGGAAUCCCAGCCAUCCCCUUUGGCUCUGCUGGCAGCAACUUGCAGCAGAAUUGAGUCACCCAAUGAAAACAGCAACAACUCCCAGGGCCCAAGCCAGUCAGGGGGCACAGGUGAACUUGACCUCACAGCCACACAACUCUCACAGGGUGCCAAUGGCUGGCAGAUCAUCUCUUCCUCCUCUGGGGCUACCCCUACCUCAAAGGAACAGAGUGGCAGCAGUACCAAUGGCAGCAAUGGCAGUGAGUCUUCCAAGAAUCGCACAGUCUCUGGUGGGCAGUAUGUUGUGGCUGCCACAUCCAACUUACAGAACCAGCAAGUGCUGACAGGAUUACCUGGAGUGAUGCCUAAUAUUCAGUAUCAAGUAAUCCCACAGUUCCAGACCGUUGAUGGGCAACAGCUGCAAUUUGCUGCCACUGGGGCCCAAGUGCAGCAGGAUGGUUCUGGUCAAAUACAGAUCAUACCAGGUGCAAACCAACAGAUCAUCACAAAUCGAGGAAGUGGAGGCAACAUCAUUGCUGCUAUGCCAAAUCUACUCCAGCAGGCUGUCCCCCUUCAAGGCCUGGCUAAUAAUGUACUCUCAGGACAGACUCAGUAUGUGACCAAUGUACCAGUGGCCCUAAAUGGGAAUAUCACUUUGCUACCUGUCAACAGCGUUUCUGCAGCUACCUUGACUCCUAGCUCUCAGGCAGUCACUAUCAGCAGCUCUGGGUCCCAGGAGAGUGGCUCACAGCCCGCCACCUCAGGGACUGCCAUCAGUUCUGCCAGUUUGGUAUCAUCACAAGCCAGUUCCAGCUCCUUUUUCACCAAUGCCAAUAGCUACUCAACAACUACUACCACCAGCAACAUGGGAAUUAUGAACUUUACCACCAGCGGAUCAGCAGGGACCAACUCUCAAGGGCAGACAUCCCAGAGGGUCAGUGGGCUACAGGGGUCUGAUACUCUAAACAUCCAGCAGAACCAGACAUCUGGAGGCUCUCUGCAAGCAAGUCAGCAAAAAGAGGGAGAGCAGAACCAGCAGACACAGCAGCAGCAACAAAUUCUUAUCCAGCCUCAGCUUGUUCAAGGGGGACAGGCUCUCCAGGCCCUCCAAGCAGCACCAUUGUCAGGGCAGACCUUUACAACUCAAGCUAUCUCCCAGGAAACCCUCCAGAAUCUCCAGCUUCAGGCUGUUCCAAACUCUGGCCCCAUCAUCAUCCGGACACCAACAGUGGGGCCCAAUGGACAGGUCAGUUGGCAGACUCUUCAGCUGCAGAAUCUCCAAGUACAGAACCCACAGGCCCAGACAAUCACCUUGGCCCCAAUGCAGGGCGUCUCCUUGGGGCAGACCAGCAGCAGCAAUACCACCCUUACACCCAUUGCCUCAGCUGCCUCCAUCCCUACCGGCACCGUCACUGUGAAUGCUGCUCAGCUCUCCUCCAUGCCUGGCCUCCAGACCAUUAACCUCAGUGCAUUGGGUGCUUCAGGAAUCCAGGUGCACCAGCUUCCAAGCCUGCCAUUGGCUAUAGCAAAUGCCCCAGGUGAUCAUGGAGCUCAGCUUGGCCUCCAUGGAGCUGGUGGUGAUGGAAUACAUGAUGACACAGCAGGUGGAGAAGAAGGAGAAAACAGCCCAGAUCCCCAACCCCAGGCUGGUCGGAGGACCCGGCGGGAAGCAUGCACCUGCCCCUAUUGUAAAGAUAGUGAAGGAAGGGGCUCUGGGGAUCCUGGCAAAAAGAAACAGCACAUUUGCCACAUCCAAGGCUGUGGCAAAGUAUAUGGCAAGACCUCACACCUACGGGCACACUUGCGCUGGCAUACAGGCGAGAGGCCAUUCAUGUGUACCUGGUCAUACUGUGGGAAGCGCUUUACACGCUCGGAUGAGCUACAGAGACACAAACGCACACACACAGGUGAGAAGAAAUUUGCCUGCCCUGAGUGUCCCAAGCGCUUCAUGAGGAGUGACCACCUGUCAAAGCAUAUCAAGACCCACCAGAAUAAGAAAGGAGGCCCAGGUGUAUCCCUGAGUGUGGGCACUUUGCCCCUGGACAGUGGGGCAGGUUCAGAAGGCAGCGGCACUGCCACCCCUUCAGCCCUUAUUACCACCAAUAUGGUAGCCAUGGAGGCCAUUUGUCCAGAGGGUAUUGCCCGUCUUGCCAACAGUGGCAUCAACGUCAUGCAGGUGGCGGAUCUGCAGUCCAUUAAUAUCAGUGGCAAUGGCUUCUGAGAUCAGGCACCCGGGGCCAGAGACAUAUGGGCCAUACCCAUCAACCCUGGGAUGCAAGGUAGCAUGGGUCCAAGAGACAUGUGGGAGAGAGAGCCAUGAGGCAUUAAAAUGCAUGGUGAUGGGAAGAAUUUGGGGAAGGGAUACAAGAGAAGAGAUGGGGUCCUGGCACCCACUUAUAUCAUCAGUACCUCCUUGAAGUGGGAAACAUUAGUGAAAAUUCAGUUGGUGCCACCCUUUGAUGGGCAUUUGUUUGACCCCAGUCUCUUAUACUUCUUACCCCAGCCUCCCCUUCCUGCCUUUCCUUUCUCAGCUCCCCCCAUGAUGGAUCCCCCCCUUCCCUAAAGCCAUCAUGCCUUGAUAAAUAUAUAUGAUCAUUGAAAUACUUUUUAACAAAAAAAAAACCAGAUUCUAUAUUAUAUAUAUAUACAUAUAUAUAUAUAUAUAAAAGAUAUAUAGAGAUGCAUUUGCAGGGGUUGGCUGGGAGGAGGAAGGAGACCAUUCUGUGACCAAAAUACCUUGGUCAUUUUUUUAUAUUGCCUUAUUUCCCUAUGGCUGAGCCUUGUUGUGACACAUCAAGCUUUUCUAGAGAUGUUGUCUUGGCUUCCCACCAGAUUAAGCAUUCAUAUGCUCUGCUUUUAGUUUAUAUAUACAUACAUAAUGUUUUUCCUUUCUUAAUUUUGUCUUUUUAUUUGGGAUCAGCUUCUUGCACUCCUUUCUUGACUCAACCUUUCUAUCUCCCUUUCUCUUACCUGAUCGCUUCAUAUUUUGGUAAUGAUCCCUGGAUGAGGCACUUCUGUCAACUUUUUAAGGUUCUUGGUCCCAGCAGCAGAAUGGAGAGCCUUGAAGCCCAGGCUGAUGCUUGAGAUAGCUGUGGAGAGAGUGUUCAAAACUACUGCUGACGCAGGCACCCUCUUGGCGCUGGAGAGUCCAAGGCACCUCUCCUCAUCAGCUGCUCUAAGCAUCAAGAGUCAGAAGUCUUUCUGUGGAAUUGUACAAGAGACCCUUUAAAGGUUAUAAUCUGGGAUCAGUUUGUAUAAACUGUCAAAAGUGGUCAAAUAAUAGGUAGGGGUUUUCAGUAGGAAAAUGAUGCACUCAGAAGUGGAAGUGACUCAGAGUAGUCCAGUUCAGGAGUUAGUGGAGUAUUUGGACUUUUGUACAGCUGUCUUCCAAAGUAGGUCUAAGCUUUGGUAUGGGUUUCUGAGGUCACAUUCUGACAGGAAAUGUACUUCCUCUUUUGAACAUCCCUAGUAGUUUCUUUCUCAUGUUAUUAAGGAGCAUCAGCCAAUGAAUCUGUUCCGGGUUUCCAUUCUGCAGAGCUCCAGAGCCUGUACCCGUGGCAAGGCAGUGGUUCUUUGAUCUUUUCCCUUAAUUCUUCCUUGGGUGGUUCCUAAGGGAAAAGGAAGCACACGAUCAUGGGAACAGUAGCCCAGAACAAAAAGAAAUCUUGUCUUACCACUGUGGUUUAUAGGAGAGAUUGGGAGACACCAUCCUGCUUUCUCCAUGGCCUGAUUCUUGAAGAGACUGAUCCAAAAAUUAUAGCGGCAGGGAACUCUUAGUGCAUUUGGCACUGAGAUUUAAAUGCAACCAGAGUUGUCCUCAAGGCCCAGCCAUUAAAACAUUGUCUCUCUAGACCUUCUAGUAUCUGUCAGAGAGCUUUUCACUGUGAGGAAGUGUGGAAAUGGCUGUGUGUAUGUGUGUAGUCUGUUAGGUUGGGGAUAGGUUUUCUGUUAGCCUAUACUAAAAGAGACCUGCAAUAAAAAAUUGCCCUGAUCUGAUAGAAAAUGAAGUGUUUGUGUAUGACUGUGUGUGAAUGUGUUUUGUGCCUGUAUAUAUCUACACACAGAUGAGGAAUUAUAUUUGAAAUUGUUGGAAAAUAAAUUCAGCUCAAAAUGCCUUUCAGGCCCAUUACCUAGAAAUCUAUCUUAAAACCUGGGUAUGUUCCUGAGGUCAUUUCUUUGCUUAUGCUAAAUUAGUUACAAUUAUGAAUGGGGGAUAUUCUACUGCACUUUUUAAAAAGAAACUAUUUUUGUGUUUGAAAGUGAAACCAACAUCCGGAUCUAUAGCAGAGUCCUAGUUUCUUUCAUAAAUCUUUUUACCUUGACUACAAAUAGAUGAUGCUAUGAUUCUACUAUAUAUUUUAUAUAAAAUCUAUCCAAAUUAGUGUCUGGGUAAGCUUGUGUUGUUGUUUAACCUGAAAUACAAUAACUGUUAAUAUUCUAAACAAUAGUUUGCUCCAUUUGGUCCCUUGUCUGCGAACUUAAUAUACUCAGGAACUAUUGUGAGAAACUUUCCCAGAUCAAAUUCUGUUAAUACUGAAGUGAAAGUCAUCCAUGCCCAGCCAUGUAUCACACACCCUUUAUUCCCACUGAAAUGCAGAACUCAGAACCUGUUAUUUUAUGUCUGUAAUCAUGUGUAUAGGUAUCUUUUGGAGGAGAGGGGCAGUAUAACUCAACUGGAGUGUGCAGUAUUUUGCUAGAGCAUUUCAAAGAAUGGAAUCUUCCCCAGUAUGAAAUUAUUUGCUAUAAACUAGCUUAAUGAUGCUGAGGACU